UGGCCAUGGACGCUCCACCCCGCACCACCACCACCCCCAGCCUCCCCACCUCCUCCUCCUCCUCAAACCCUAGCCCCACCCCUCUCUCACGCCUCCCUCCGCUCUCUUCUCCAUGGCGGCCAUCACCACAGCCACCGCGACCACCUCCUCCUCCUUCCUCCGCCGCCGCCCCGCCGCGCGCGUCCGCUACGCUGUCGCCGUCUCCCUCCGCGCGCGGCACUGCCACAACACCUCCAGGCUCGCCUGCCGCGCCGCCGAGGUGUCCGGGGCCGAGCCGUCUUCGGCGCCCGCGCCGCCGCAGGACGGGGGAGGCGGAGGUGCGUCUUGGGUGCCGGUGGUGCCGCUGGCGGCGCUACCACGCGGGGAGCGACGGGUGAUCGUACAGGACGGGGAGGAGAUCUUGCUGCUCUGGUACAAGGACCAAGUCUACGCCAUCGAGAACCGAUCCCCGGCCGAGGGCGCGUACACAGAGGGGCUCCUUAACGCCAAGCUCACCCAGGAUGGCUGUAUUGUUUGCCCUUCAACAGACAGUACAUUCGAUCUUCGUUCUGGGGAAAUAAAAGAAUGGUAUCCAAAAAAUCCUGUUUUAAGGGCUCUUACACCUGCUUUGAGGAAACUGUUCGUGUACCGUGUGAAAACCGAUGAAGAAAACAUAUAUAUCAGCAUCAGUGGAGCUGAAAGUGCAGGAUCAGCAGAGAUUGUUUUCAGUGGGAAAGCUCAACCUGGGGUUACUGCGUCUGAUGUCAAUGUGGAAGAGGUGAGAAUGAUAGUUGAUGAGGAUGUUGGAGGUUUUGGUUUCACCAGUGUGAAUGAACUGAUCAAUGGAAAAGCUGCUAUAAUUGGCUUUCUCUUAUUGAUAGAUUUUGAACUUUUAACUGGCAAAGGUUUUCUCAAGGGGACUGGUUUCUUAGACUUCAUCUAUGCUGUUUCAGGAGCUUUCAACUCAUAAAUAUGUUUGUUCUUUGGUGUCACAUUGUUAUCAAGGUCAUGGGAAAGUAAAGGUAGAUGUUUGGCGAAACAGGAAAGCAAAUGGUAAUAUAGGAACAAUGGGUCAUGGGAAAGAACCAAGCAACAACUAUCGUAGACCAAGUUGAGUGAUGGAGUUUCCAUAUGUAGUCUUGAUUGUUUACCUGGACUCACACUGUAGUAGAGUGACUUGUAACAGCUUGGAGAGCAACCCUUGUAAAAAAUGAAAAACAAAUGAAAAUGGUACUGAAUGUCACUGGAACUUUCCAUGCA